UCUCUAUGGAUGAAAACGAGUUGCCAACCUGAAAAAAAUUAAUCACUUACAUGUGGCAUGUCUGUUUGGCUGAUGCAAUAACUGAUUAAGGAUUUCCCUUUAUUCCAAAUAAAUUUCAUCAUUAAUAGUAAAUUUACAAAAACGUUUGUGUAAAUAACACGCCGAACAGUUCAUAUUGAUACAAGAAUGGCAGAAGACGAUGCUAUUUUUGACCCAACCUUAAAAAAGAAGAAGAAAAAAAAGAAGACCUUUGACAUAGAUGCAGCUUUAGCAGAUGCCGAUGGGGCUGAAACCACAACCACUGCACAACAAGUUGAAGGUGAAGCUGAUAAAAAGGAGGAGGAUGAUGACGGUAAUAUGGACCUGGAUCUGGAUUUUACAAAGAAAAAGAAACGAAGGAAGAAGCCCUUUAACAUGGAGGAACUUGAGGGGGCUUUACAAGAUAAUAAAGAGGAAGGUGUAGAUCCUGGAAAUAAAGACGAUCAGGGUAUGGAUGAUGACCUAGAUUUGGAAAUGGAUUUUAGCAAAACGAAAAAGAAAAAGAAAACUAAAAAGAAGGAUUUUAAUGAGUUGAUCGCUGAAACAGAGGAAACUCAAGAAGAUAAAGAGAAUGGCUGCGAUUUAGUUGAAAAUUUACCAGAAACAGUAGAUGAAAAUUCUUCACAAUGGUUAUCAUCCGAUCGAGAUUACACUUACGAUGAACUUUUAAAUCGCGUCUUCGACAUAAUGCGGGAUAAAAACCCGGAUAUGGUCGCUGGAAAGAAACAAAAAUUCGUAAUGAGACCUCCACAAGUCGUUAGAAUUGGAACGAAGAAAACAUCAUUCGCCAAUUUUACCGAAAUUUGUAAAACGCUUCAUCGUCAACCUAAACAUUUACUUGAUUUUUUGCUUGCUGAAUUGGGUACAAGCGGAAGUGUUGAUGGUAAUAGUCAGUUGAUUAUUAAAGGGAGGUUCCAACAGAAACAAAUAGAAAAUGUUUUGAGAAGGUAUAUUAAAGAAUACGUUACUUGUCAUACAUGCCGAUCGCCCGAUACGAUUCUUCAAAAAGAUACUAGAUUGUUUUUCUUACAAUGUGAAACUUGUGGGUCAAGGUGUUCCGUAGCUAGCAUUAAAUCUGGUUUUCAGGCUGUUACAUCGAAACGUGCCGCUAUACGUGCCAAGACGGCUUAAAAUCGCUUUGUUUUUCAUCAAUACACAUCUUUAUUAUAUGAAAGCACUUUUUGUUAUUCUUAAAAUCAAAAAUAACCGGUAAGGUGCUCCGCAAUACUUCUUUUUUGUUUUUAAAUAAUUUUGGUUUAUUUCUUUGUAUUAUUAACCAUAUGGAAUCAACUUAUUUUUUUUUCUCUCUUCACUCAGAUCGGAAUGUGUGGCGUGAUUGUGUAAUUUUACCAUUUAUAAUUGUGUAUGUUUAGGUAAAUAUGUUUAAUAAAUAAAUAUACACAU